AUGUUUGGUUUCAAAGGAGCUCAUAGAGUCUCGCAUUUGCCCAAUUGUUUUUCUUAUGCUCUUCCAUUGAGAAUCGCUAAGCGUUCUUACCAAAGUGCGACCUUUGAAACUCGCCCUCCAAUUUCUGGUAAAAAGGCUCAAAUCUUGAAGCAUGCUUUGGAACAUGUCCCACAAUUAGGCUUUUCCGAAAAAGCAAUCACAAUAGGUGGUCGCUCGCUUGGAUAUAGCAAUCUUCCUAAAGCUCUCUUUCCCUCAGGUCCAAUGGAUCUCAUCUCGUAUUUCUUAUUACAGCAACGUUACGCUUUAAGGGAACAGAAAUCUCACCUUACAAUUUUGCCUAGUACUACAGAAAAAGUAACACAUUUAAUCUGGUCUCGUCUUCAAGCCAAUCGUGAUAUUUUGGAGCACUUACCACAUAUGAUUGCAACCUGCGUAACUCCUUCCAAUCUUCCCUCAUCUGUAAAAUCCUUAGCAUAUCUUUCGGAUGAGAUCCUUUACCUUGCUCAGGACAAGUCUGCUGACUUUCAUUGGUACACAAAGCGCGCUGCUGUGUCAGCCAUCUACAGUGCCUCCGAACUGUUUAUGACGAAAGAUAAUUCACCCAAUUUCCAAGCUACUUAUGAUUUUGUUCAACAUAGAGUUCAACAUGCAAAGGCCUUGAACAAUAUUCGGGAAGAUAUUUUGGAAUGGGGUUCCUUUCAACUGAAUGCCAUUCGAUCAAUCCUUCGUUCUCGAGAUAUUGUGUUUAUGAUUUUAUUUCUCUAG